AUGACCGAAGAAAGUAUUCAAGCAAAAUAUGAACGAUUACAAGCAACAUCCAGUUCAUCACAUAAUACACCUAUACCUAUUGUUAUCCAUAACUUUUUUUCUACAAAAAGAUUUGCUGCAACAGUAUCAAAUUCUGAACAACAAAAUAUAAACGAUAGUACUUGUACCAGUGAAAUUAUUAUUAAUGACCAAACCAAUAUUUUGACUAACUCUAAAAAUGAAUCAACAGUACGUGGUACAACGAGUGAAAACAAGAAGAGAUCAGCGUUUACAAUCGAUGAAUAUGAUAAUCCAAAUAAAACAGACGAAAAUCACACUUUCAAUAAAGAUUUUCAUUUGGAACAAUAUCAUGAAGAAAUAAUUAUUCAAGAUGAUGAGUCCUCGUUAGACUCGGAUUCAAACAUGACAAAUAAUUAUGAGGCUCAAAGUAAUUAUAACCAACCUUUAGUGUCACUUCAAUCAGCAGUCAACAUAUUAUCGAAUUUAUCAGAUAAUGUCAUUACAUCAAUUAAAGGUGUGAGAUUCAUUAAUGCUCAUGAAAUGACUUUUGUUCAGGCACAUGGUGUUAAAUAUCCACAUAUAGCGUGGAACACAAAUGAUAAUUUACCGUCUGUUAAACCAAGUCCAGCAUGGUUUUCAAAUGAGCAUCCAUGGCUCCGUGCCAUUCGUACAGGUAAUCAAUAUGGUUUAUUGUGUAUUGAUUGUGCUGAAUUUGCAUCAAGUAUUACAAAACAUAAAAAUAGUGAUCUUCAUAAAACAUGUGCUGAUCGACGAGCGGCUUCAAAAAUUGCUGCAGUUAAUGGUAGUGUAGCUGGUCAAUUACAAUGUGUCAAUUUAGAUAUACAAACACGAAAAUAUCUUUCUAUUCUCAUCCAAACUCUUUGGAAAAUUAUAAGAGAAGAAAUGCCAUUCUCAAAAUUUAAACCAUUAAUUCAAUUUCUUUAUGAUGUUCCAUGUCCGGAUAUUGUCAAUUGCGUUGAAGAUGCUAUUGAAAAUUCAAUGUAUGACACUUAUGACACGGUUCAUUCAACUUUAGUUUUCUUACGUGACAGUCCACAUCGUCUACAAGUUUUAUUUGAAAGUCAAAAACUCACCAACUCCAACAAAAAAGAACAAACCGUUCCAAAAUCAAGUGAAACUCGGUGGUCUUAUGCUUAUGAACUUCUACAAUUUAUGUGUAAACAUUACACCGCUAUUAUCAUUACACUUUCAACAAUUUCACAGUACAAUGCAAAUGGGUCAUCAGAUGGUCGACGAUUUGCAUUGGAUCUUAUGAAACCUACAGUUAUUUUUCAAAUACAUCUUAUGCGUGAUGCAUUACGUCCAGCAUUGAAAUUUCUACGUCAAAUUGAGAAACGUGGUUCUGGUCUUGAUGAAUUUUCAAUUCAUGUAGAUGCUGCUAGAAAUACAAUUAAACAAGUAGUUGAAAUGUUUGACUUUAACCAAAUUCGAUCAAUAUUAAAUGAUAUUCAACAAUAUUUACCUGCGAUACAACCAACAUUUCCAUCAACACGUUUUCAACACCAAGAAUUAUCUACAGAUUUUGAUGAAGAACAAUGUCGUGCUAUGGGUAAGACAUUCAUUAAUAGUUUUCUUCAAUCACUUGAUGAUAGAUUUAAUGCUGAAGCAAAACAAUUAAUAGAAAAUAUUGCUAUAUUAUCAUCACCAUUUAAGUACUCUGCCGAACAAUUACUUCAAAAUCCAUUAAUAGCACAAUAUUGUUCAUCAAUGUCAUACAGACAUGUUGCUGUCAACCGACAAACAUAUGAACGUACUGAUCCACCUCUGUUAAAUUAUCAAAAAUUGAAAGAUGACGCAUUUGCUUUUCUUACCAUUGUCGGUGAUGUCACAUCAAUUACAGCAAUUGUAAAACGUCUUGCAGAACAUGGAAGUGAGCAAUGUUCUGAAUGGUACAAUUUAUUUCAAAUAUUGGCAACGUUUGCCGUGGGAUCUAAUGAAGCUGAAAGAACAUUUAGUACCUUAAGACGAAUCAAGUCAUGGUUACGUAAUAGUUUAAGUGAUACAACAUUGGAAGUUUUAGUUAAGAUGUCCGCUAUGAAAGUUAAUUUAUCAGACGAUGCUAUACAAUUUAUCAUCGAAGAUUUUAUCAACAAUCCUCAACAGGCCAAACGUCGUAAUAUAAAGGUUUUUAUUGAUGACAAUAACGACAAAGAAAGAAAACUCGAUGAAGACUUCAAUUGA